CUUCAUCCAGCUAAGACUUCUCCAACACAAUCAACUGUUUCCUAGGUCAUCUUUCCUAGCGUCAUUCUCCUUACCGUUUAAGCCUUUUUUCGCGUCAAGCUAUCCACAACACUUUUCCAAGACAUCCAUCCGGCAACCAAAAGCUUAGCUGCUCAACGCCAACGCAAAAAAGCACACCACCUUAUUUGCCAACAACCACAACAACCACAAUAACAAACCCCCAAACAGAAAUGUCGGCUGCUGCCCAGAACUCUGCCUACUCCAUCACAAUGUCUCCUCCUCCCUUCGACCUGGGCUCCUACUCCCGCUCCAUGCAUCAGCAUACCAAGCGCCAGAUGGAGGCCGCUUCCCAGACAAACCUGCCCAGAUCAUCGGGGUCGCCUUCCAACAACCAGAACUCCAACGGCCAGAGCCAAUCGAACGCCACACCAAGUCUACCCAACGGCGUCUCGGGUACUACUCGCUCGAGGAACUCCAGCGAGUACAGCUAUCAAUCGUGAGAGCUGCUCCGAGAGUGUGUAAGGAUGGGAUGGACUGGUUGAUUGAGUACACACACUCCUACUCUUGACUACCACCCAACCCGCGCCCACAAUCAGGCCUUGCUUCUUUGGUCAUCUGGGGGGAAAAAAAAGGAUGACAUCAAUGCUCCUAGAGAACAACGUCAGAGCGUCUCGCUGCAGUGUAUCACUGCAUGCCGGAAAAGAGCAAGGUGUGCAUGCGACAGGCAGGACACGACGAGGACCGUACAUGAUGCAUGAUUUCUCCAACAGGAGUGGAACUCGUCAUGUUUCUCGCGGCCUGGUCCAUUUGACCCAAAAAAUGUUCCAUAUCGCAUGCAACCCUAUCAAGGUGUCGGGCUAAGGUGUCGGGUUUCAGUGGUGGUGGUUGUCUACUUCUGAUCUUUCGUCAUGUAAUUCGGGUUAUCGAUUGAGGGGAGUUUAUUCUCCUUUGCAUAUUGGUGGCUUUGAAGAACUGGCGAGUUUUGUGUUUUUUUACGAAUAUUCUCUCUUUCUGUUGAACUGGCAAGGCGUUUCGUGGGAGACGGAAAGGUUUUCUUUUUUCUCGUUGUGGGUUCCCAGGGAAUAUAUCUAGAAGGGAAAGCGAAGUUGUUAUCAUACGGUAUACGGAGCUUGUUUCUGGGCCAUGAGAUUCGGGAUCUGGCAGAGGAAACUCUUUUGGGGAUUGUACAUAAUAGUCGUCAGAUUUCCCGGAAUGAUUGAUGAUUAUACCCAU